GGAGAGGCUAGUGCUAACAGGCCGAGCUGGAUGGAUGGGUAUGGGGAGAGGGGCAGGACGUUCAGCCCUGGGAUUUUGGCCGACCCUCGCCUUCCUUCUCUGCAGCCUCCCCGCAGCCACCUCCCCGUGCAAGAUCCUCAAGUGCAACUCUGAGUUCUGGAGCGCCGCGCUGCGCACCUACGCACUGUGUACACGGCGCACGGCGCGCACCUGCCGGGGCGACCUGGCCUACCACUCGGCGGUCCAUGGCAUUGAGGACCUCAUGAGCCAGCACAACUGCUCCAAGGAUGGCCCCACCUCGCAGCCGCGCUUGCGCACACUCCCGCCGGCCGGGGACAGCCAAGAGCGCUCGGACAGCCCCGAGAUCUGCCACUACGAGAAGAGCUUCCACAAGCACGCGGCCGCCCCCAACUACACGCACUGCGGGCUCUUCGGAGACCCGCAUCUCCGGACUUUCACAGACCGCUUCCAGACCUGCAAGGUGCAGGGCGCGUGGCCACUCAUCGACAAUAACUACUUGAACGUGCAGGUCACCAACACGCCUGUGCUGCCCGGCUCGGCCGCCACCGCCACCAGCAAGCUCACCAUCAUCUUCAAGAACUUCCAGGAGUGUGUGGACCAGAAGGUAUACCAGGCAGAGAUGGACGAGCUCCCGGCUGCCUUCGCCGACGGCUCCAAGAACGGUGGGGACAAGCACGGGGCCAACAGCCUGAAGAUCACGGAGAAGGUGUCGGGUCAGCACGUGGAGAUCCAGGCCAAGUACAUCGGCACUACCAUCGUGGUGCGCCAGGUGGGUCGCUACCUGACCUUCGCCAUCCGCAUGCCCGAGGAGGUGGUCAAUGCCGUGGAGGACAGGGACAGCCAGGGUCUCUACCUGUGCCUGCGGGGCUGCCCACUCAACCAGCAGAUCGACUUCCAGGCCGUCCGGGCCCAGGCCGAGGGCCCCGGUCCCCGCAGGCCAGAGGCCGCCAGCCCCGCACCCGCGGCCCCCGAGACGUUUCCCUACGAGACAGCGGUGGCCAAGUGCAAGGAGAAGCUGCCCGUGGAGGACCUGUACUACCAGGCCUGCAUCUUCGACCUCCUCACCACGGGCGAUGUGAACUUCACGCUGGCCGCCUACUACGCCCUGGAGGACGUCAAGAUGCUGCAUUCCAACAAGGACAAGCUGCAUCUGUACGAGAGGACUCGGGAGCUGCCUCGCGGGGUGGCGGCUGCAGCGCUGACCCCCGCGCCCCCGCCCCUCCUCAUCCUCCUGCUCCUCCCCCUGCUACCUGUGUUCUGCUAGGCAGCGCUGCGCACUCUUCCCUGUGUACCCUACCGAGGCUGGGGACCCCGCCCCAGUGCCGAUGCCUGGCAGAUGGCCCGGCGGCCUCUGCAGUGUUCCGGGAGCAGAGGCGCCCGCCAGCGCGAGGUCGGGUGGCCGGGUGGCCCUAGGGGCGUGGGGCCACCCGCCUGCUCUAGUGCACGUGACAAGGUUGUGGUGAUUGGUGCCUGUGGUGUUUGUGACAGUAGAGUGGAGAGGGAGAGCAGCUCCCUCCACCCCACCCCUGUGUGAAUGUACAGAGCAGACCCUGGGCUGGAGCCCCGCCCCACCAGGGCGACACUGGGAAGGGUCAGCAUCGCCCCUUGCAGCCCUCGAAAUGCACUGAAACAGGCCCGGCAGACCAGACCGCCGCGCGUGCGCACACGCUCGCCCCCCCAAACUCGCACACUAGGCCCGUGGGACAGCGCAGGGGGCUGCGGCCGUGUCCCCGGGCGAGAGGGCAGGGCUCAAUCGCGGUAGGCCGGUCGCCCCUCAGGGUGUGGCUCUCCCCUUUGCGGCCACCAGGCUGUGCCUUCUGGCACCUGCCCUGGGCCCUUCCUCUGCCCUGGAGCCCCGUGGUCGGAGGGACGUGCUUAUUGACACAGGGUCGGAGCAGGACCGCUCCUGGGCUCGGUGCCCUACACCGUGCGUGGGAAAAUCAAGUGCUUGGUUCUAUUUGUCCACAGGGAAAAGGGACCCUUUGACUCCUCCACCCUCUCCCACGGGGCAGGGGAACCUGAGCUGCAGGUGGUAGGCAGGAGCCCAGGGGACAGGGCCAGCUGGCCUGCCCUGCCCUCUGCUCGCUCCUCCCCUGCACCAUCCGGAGCCUUGCCCCACCCCUACCUGGGCUCUGGGGGAGGAGCCGUUGGCAGGAUCACACCCUGGAGCCCCGCGGCAGUGAGACACCUGCCUCAGGCGCCCAGGCUCCCCUCCCAUCCACGGAGCCCACCCUGUCCCAUCAUGCUGCUGCUGCGAUGUCCCCCAGGGACUGGCAAGGCCUCCCAAUGUCUCCACUCCCAGAGGUGCACCUGGGUCCCGGACUGGGGCUCGCCAGCCCGCCCCAGCUUGUCAGCGGGGUUCGUCAGCGCCUGCAGCAGCCCCUCUGCUGUUCCCAGGGACCUUUCAUACACUGGCCAGGAGACUGCAGAACCCGCGUCUCCCCGUCUCCCCAGAGGUCCUGCUCCUCCGUCCAAACCAUGCCAGGGAUGAGGAGCACCCGGCCCAUCCCUUCCUCUCUCCCUGCUGGGUGGGUGGGUUUUUUGUUUUUGUUUUUUAUUUUUUUAGAUGAUCCCUAUGUUGGAAGUAAAAAGUUGAAGCACUUUAUUUUGGUUGUGUUUGAUAGCAUUCUGCUUGGAAGUGGGGACUCCUCGCCGUGUCCAUGUAUGUGUGACCGUGUCGAGUACCACCCACCGCUUGUACAUACUGUAAAUUAUUUAUUAAUGGCUAAAUGCAAGUAAAGUUU